ACAGGCGCAAACCAAAGAAAUUUUAAAAUAUUUGAACGAGAAGGCAGAACGGUCGCUCACUCUCAGGUCAUCACUCAUCGGAAAAUGGAUUUCAAAUGCUCCGAUUCCGGCCUCUGGAAAGAGGCUCUGUCGUCCUACGACGCCCGCAUCGAGGCCCUGAAUAAGCCUAAUCUCCUCUCUCUCGACGCCUUCUACCGGAACGAACUCCCUCUUCUCCUCCGGCAACGGAACCCUACUCCGUACCUCACCACUUCCGACCUCACCAAGCUCAUGCAAUGGAAACUCACACGAGGCAAAUGGAGGCCGAGGCUUUUGGAUUUCGUUUCGUCGUUAGACGACGCCGUAGUCAAAUCGGCUUCGCAGGCUGCAUUUCAGUCUCUUCCUGACGUCUCGAAAGCCGUUUCGGAGCUCACGGUUUUGAAAGGUGUAGGUCCGGCCACGGCCUCCGCGGUUCUGGCUGCUUACGCCCCUGAUGUUGCGCCAUUCAUGUCUGAUGAAGCGAUGCAGGCUGCGAUUGGGAACUCUAAAGAUUACACUCUGAAGCAGUAUCUAGUUUUUGUGGACAAGCUACAAGCCAAAGCUGAGGAAUUAACAGCAAUGGGGGUUUCAUUUACUCCGUCAGACAUUGAAAGGGCCCUAUGGAGUUGUGCUAUGGGUGUCAAGUUGAGCGGCUCAUCAAAGAAGCCAGAGGGAGAAUUGGAGAACAAGUCAAAAAGAAAGCGAAAGCGAUAACUUGGACCAUGCUAGUCUGCUUAAUCCAUGAAUUGUGUCAAUUGGUAAGUUAACUCUUCCCCCGCCUUCCCCCAAGCUUAUUCAAGCUUUUUGACUGCUUGUAGUAUAUAUUGCCCAUCUAAGGGUGACACUUUGAAAUUGCAUUUUGAUGGUAAUCAUUUGUCAUCAUGCUUUGUAUGUACAGCAGCUAAUCCUAUACAGAACAUAUUUUAGGCUAUUUUUUUGGUAUAUCUGAGAGGAAGGGGGAUUUUGAA